CGGUAAGAUGUUGUUUUAAAUACGUUUUGUUUACUUUGAGUCAACAUGCACGUGAAAGUGCCCGACGUCAACCGCUGCUGUUUCUAUUUGCCGCUGCGGCCGGGCAUUAUUUUAUUCGCCUAUGUAAAUAUUUUGUUCUCUUUAUUGUCAGUAACAUGUCUGAUCAUCUCGACAGAGCUGCAGCAUUCGUCUCUGACCGAUGACGCGUCGCUCGAGACUAUUACUACUACCAUCUUGUUCAGCAUCCUAGGGAUGGGGAUAAUACUUAAUUUCUUGCUUCUUGUCGCCGGGCACCAGAAAGAUAUUUCAAUGCUGCGCCUAUACAACUACUAUGCAGUAGCAACUGCCCUCGCAGCGUUCAUACCGACUGCAUUUCUGCUCUCUAAAGAAAUGUUUCUUGAAGUUGUAAUCGCUUUGGUUGCAAUAGCAAUGCAGUGCUACGUCAUCGUGCUCGUACGCAGUGAAGUUGUGAAGCUGGAAGAGAAACAGUUGAUCACAUUGGAGGAUUUACAUUCAGGCUUGCAGGAACAAGUUGAUGUCUCGGAUUGUGUCACUUUAGUGUAAUACUAGCGGAAUUCAGUUUUUCACCCGUGGGAUCUAUGAAUUAUUCCGAGAUGAAAAGUAGUGUAUGUGUUGAUUCAGACUAAAAUCUAUUUCCAUUCUAAAAUUCAGCCAAAUCAGUUCAGUAGUAGCGGCGUUAAAGAGUAACAAACAUCCAAGCAAACAGCCAUACAAACUUUUGCGUUUAUAAUAUUAGUAGGAUAUAAGCACUAGUCAACUCCCUGCGGUUUCAUACAUGUAGUUCUCGUACCCGUGAGAAUACGUGUAUAAAAUAUAGCACAGGACAAUGACUCAGACCAAUUGCGUUUAGACAUGUAUAGCACUCAAAUUCACCAACAAAAUUGUCUAUAGUUUUUUGAGGAGGAAGAGGUAAACACACACAUUGUAAAUAUUUAACACCAAUAAAUAUAAACUGUGUCCGUACACUACACACAACUAUAAAUUUAAAUUGUAAUACACACACGUGUAAUUUUAACACAAUAAAACACCGGGGUAACGUCUAGCGAGGCAGGUCCUAUGGAAAUUGGUCAGAGGAUGCUAAAAAAUAACGUAAC